GAAUUAGGAUUCCCUUUGAACACACACAAAAAAAAAUAGAUUUCUGAUUUCUUUCUUGGAAAGCCAACACAAAAGAGGAGGAUUGAAGAAGCAAAAGGGUCGGUGUCUCCAUGCCUGACUCACACCAUCUCUUCUUCUUCCUUCCAUCUAUCUUAUCUCUGAUUCUCUUCUUCCUCCUCAUCAAGAGAAAACAAAGAAGGUAUAAUCUUCCACCUGGGAACAUGGGGUGGCCUUUUGUUGGUGAAACCAUGGGCUACUUGAGGCCUUACUCUGCUACAUCGGUUGGUGAAUUCAUGCACCACCAUAUAUCCAGGUAUGGGAAUAUCUACAAAUCAAACUUAUUCGGUGAGAAGACGAUAGUUUCUGCUGAUGCUGGGCUGAACAAGUUCAUAUUACAAAACGAAGGGAGACUAUUCGAGUGCAGUUACCCGAGGAGUAUCGGCGGCAUUCUUGGGAAAUGGUCGAUGUUGGUUUUAGUUGGAGAUAUGCAUAGAGACAUGAGAAUUAUAUCACUCAAUUUCUUGAGCAACGCAAGGUUAAAGACUCUUUUGAGAGAAGUGGAGAAGCAUACUUUGCUUGUUCUAAGUAGUUGGAAAGAAAAGUGUGUAUUCUCGGCUCAGGACGAAGCAAAAAAGCUCACUUUCAAUUUGAUGGCAAAAAACAUCAUGAGCAUGGACCCUGGACAUGCUGAGACCGAGCAGCUAAAGCAAGAGUAUGUUACUUUCAUGAAAGGAGUGGUUUCUGCUCCUCUCAAUUUGCCUGGAACCGCAUACAGAAAAGCCUUGCAAUCUCGAUCAACGAUCCUGAAAUUUAUCGAGAGAAAAAUGGUGGAGAGGAAAAGGAAGAUGAAGGAGGGAAAAGAAAACGCGGAGGAAGAUGAUCUUCUUGAAUGGGUUUUAAAGCAUUCGAAUCUUUCGUCAGAGCAAAUACUUGACUUGAUUUUGAGCUUGCUUUUUGCUGGACAUGAAACUUCAUCGGUGGCCAUAACCUUAGCCAUCUACUUCUUGCCAGGUUGUCCCAUGGCCAUUCAACAGUUGAGAGAAGAACACCUUGAAAUUGCCAGAGCCAAGAAGCAAUCAGGGGAGAUUGAACUCAACUGGGAUGAUUACAAGAAAAUGGAGUUCACACAAUGUGUUAUUAAUGAGACGCUUAGGCUUGGUAAUGUGGUAAGAUUUCUGCAUAGAAAAGCUCUUAAAGACGUUCGGUACAAAGGUUAUGAUAUUCCAUGUGGGUGGAAAGUGCUGCCAGUGAUUGCAGCAGUGCACUUGGAUCCCUGUCUUUUUGACCAUCCUCAACACUUCAAUCCAUGGCGAUGGCAGCAAAAUAACGGCGGUCAUGGGUCGGCAACAUCGUCAUCGUCGUCUCCGAGCAAUUACUUCAUGCCGUUCGGGGGAGGACCGCGCCUAUGUGCAGGAACGGAAUUGGCUAAACUGGAAAUGGCGGUAUUCAUCCACCAUUUGGUCCUCAAGUGCCAGUGGGAGUUGGCCGACACGGAUGAAGCCUUUGCCUUCCCAUUUGUCGACUUCCCUAAAGGCCUUCCCAUCAGAGUUCAAAUCUUAAAGUAGAAGGCUCAGCCGCUCGUGUUGGAUAUAGUAUAUUACGUGAAGAAAAAGGGCAAGACAAACAUAUUCUAAGUAUAUAUAUUUAUAUUCAUAUCCACCGUAUUAAUGUAAAUUUUUAUUUUAUUUUGGCUAGCAA